AUGGCCCGACCACCGUACCAGUUCAGCGUCAAAGUCAGAUAUGAUCCUGAAGGAAGAUGGGCGCACGAUUGGGAGCAACAACAGUUUACCCAUAUUAGCACUAUUACCUUUUUGUUAGAUAGAAAUGGGCCAGGCCCACGGGCAUACCCUAUCCCCAUCAGGGUACCUAUGAGACUUACUUUUCCAUUUCCUCCUGGAGUACAGUUUAUGAGACCCCAUGUCCCACCUUCUGUCCAUGUUGAACCAGUUGGGUAUCAUGGAUUGGAGGCCUUUCGUAAGAAUAACCCCUCGCAGUUCAAAGGAGGUUUUGAUCCAAAUGGUGCUCAACUGUGGAUUGAGGAGCUUGAAAAGAUUUUUGCCGUUAUGGAAUGCCCUGAGGCAAGCAAGCAAAUAGAAGCUGAAGGCAGGGAGAUUAAUUGGGAAUGUUUUAAACGUCGUUUCCUAGAGAAAUACUUUCUAGAAGAUUUAAGGAGGAAAGAGGUUGAAUUUUUGAACUUGAAGCAAGGAAGUAUGAUUAUAGAAGAGUAUGCUGCAAAGUUUGAUGAUCUGUCGAAGUUCUGCCCUUACUUUAACAAUAAUGGAGAUGAUCGUUCUAGAUGCACUAAGUUUGAGAGCGGGUUACGUCUAGACAUUAAGCUUGCAAUUGGCUAUCAAGAAAUUAUUCAUUUUCCUACUCUGGUGAAUAGAUGUCGGAUUUAUGAGGAUGAUGCGAAAGCAAAACAGGCGCAGUGGAAGAGUUCUGGUCCACAGCGGAACCAUCCUAAUAGAAGAGGAGAUGCUCAAAGGAGAGGGAAACCCUAUCAAGUAUCACAGAGGUAUCAAGGAUCUUCUUCAGGGGAUGAAAGGUUUCAAAACUUUACUAGAAGUUCCAAUAGAGUUGGUGAUAGUGGUACUCGGUGCUUUAUUUGUGGAGGACCGCAUUUUGCUCGAGAGUGUUCACAGAAGAACUAUGUUUGCUUUAGAUGUGGAAAGCCAAGUCAUUUCAUUUGUGAUUGCCCUGAGAUGAAACGAGAGAACAACAAUCAGAACAAUCAAGCUGGUGGUAGCAAAAAUAAGAACAACCAUCAAGUUGGAAGGCCGAGGACUCAAGGGAGAGUUUUUACGAUGAGUGGGGAGGAGACAUCUCAGUCUGACACUAUGAUAUAG